GAAGCUUCUAUUGCUAUCCAGGCACUCACCGACCGAAGCUCCUUAAACCACCCCCAUCCACCACCUCCAAAACCCGCGAUCCAACCACAACCGCAGGCAGUGAGGCGCAAAAAUGGCUUCCAUGUUCGAGCAGUCAGGGAGCGGCACGCUUUUCCUCGGCGGUCAGAAGAUUUCCGGCGCCGACAUCAGAGACCAGAACGUCCUCGCGACCCAAGCUAUCGCAAAUGUCGUCAAGAGCUCCUUUGGCCCCAGUGGUCUGGACAAGAUGAUGGUGGACGAUAUUGGUGAUGUCACGGUCACGAACGACGGCGCUACUAUUCUCAGCUUGUUGGAUGUCGAGCACCCGGCGGGCAAGAUCUUGGUCGAUCUGGCACAACAACAAGAUAAGGAGGUCGGCGAUGGCACAACCUCUGUUGUCCUCAUCGCGGCCGAGCUGCUUCGCCGAGGAAACGAGCUGAUGAAGAACCGCAUACACCCCACUACCAUCAUUACCGGUUACCGACUUUCCCUUCGCGAGGCGGUCAAGUACAUGAACGAGAACAUCAGCAUCAAGGUCGAGAAUCUCGGGCGCGAAUCCCUCGUCAACAUUGGCAAGACAUCUAUGUCCAGCAAGAUUAUUGGAGCCGACUCCGAUUUCUUCGCCAACAUGGUCGUGGAUGCCAUGCUGGCUGUCAAGUCGACAAACGGCCGCAACGAGACAAAAUACCCCGUCAAGGCUGUCAACAUUCUGAAGGCACACGGCAAGGGCUCCUUGGAGUCCCAGCUUAUCAAGGGUUACGCUCUCAACUGCACAGUCGCCUCGCAGGCCAUGCCGACGAGAAUACAAGAUGCCAAGAUUGCGGUGUUGGAUAUGAACUUGCAAAAGGAGCGCAUGAAGUUGGGUGUCCAGAUCACGGUGGAUGACCCGCAGCAGUUGGAGCAGAUUCGCCAGAGAGAGUCGGGCAUGAUCUUGGAGAGAGUAGAGAUGAUCCUCAAGGCGGGUGCCAACGUCAUCCUUACCACCAAGGGUAUUGAUGACAUGGUUCUGAAGACCUUUGUCGAGAAGGGUGCCAUGGGUGUGCGCAGAUGCAAGAAGGAGGACCUCCGCAGGAUCGCCAAGGCGACGGGCGCCACCAUGCUCAGCACACUGUCGGACCUCAACGGUGACGAGAAGUUCGACCCCUCAUACCUCGGACACGCCGAGGAGGUUGUCCAGGAGCGCAUCUCCGACGACGAGUGCAUCCUUGUCAAGGGCACCAAGACCCACUCCUCAGCAUCCAUCAUCCUCCGCGGACCCAACGACUUCACCCUCGACGAGAUGGAACGGUCCAUCCACGACUCCCUCAACGCCGUCAAGAGAACCCUCGAGAGCGGCAGCAUCGUUCCCGGUGGUGGAUCCGUCGAGACGGCCCUGCACAUUUACCUCGAGGAGUUUGCCGGCACCGUCGGCUCCCGCGAGCAGCUGGCCAUUGGCGAGUUCGCGCAGUCUCUGCUCGUCAUUCCCAAGACGCUGGCCGUCAACGCCGCCAAGGACGCAUCAGAGCUCGUUGCCCAGCUGCGUUCCCGGCACGCACUGUCGCAGCGCAUCCAGGAGGGCGAGGCCAACGACGACGAGAAGACGGUCGCGCGCAAGAAGGCCUACAAGAACUACGGUCUCGACCUGGUGCGCGGCAAGGUGAUUGACGAGAUCAAGGCCGGUGUUCUGGAGCCCACCAUCAGCAAGAUCAGGCAGCUGAAGAGUGCCGUGGAGGCCUGCAUCAGCAUCAUGCGUAUCGAUACCCUGAUCAAGUUGGACCCCGAGCAGCAGGCAGAGGACGACGGACACGGUCACUGAAGAAAGUGGGUGGUGUUUGGAAAAGUUAAAAACAAAAAUGGGCCAAUUGCGGGAGUGUUCAAGGUUAGACGGUUCAUAGAUCACUUUGCUAAUGAUACCUCGUCAUGCCGGCCUGGAUGUCCAGACCUGUGAUACUUUUGGAGUCCC